CACACCACCUCCAUUUCAUCUUGGCUCAUCCCCAGCCAGACACAAAUAGCAUCAGGGAUUGUGCCAAGCGUCACGUGAGGGGAGGAGGAUGCAAAGUGUCUCUGGGUUGUGACUUCUCUUGCGCUGAUUUCCCAGAUGCCCAGAGAGAAGCCAGCCAUGCCCUUGUCCCCAUAUCCGGCUCACAACCCCUGCCUGACUCAGCUAUUCUGCUACCGAAAGCAAAGCAGAUUCCUCCCUGGAAGACAAGAUCUAGAGAGCAACUCGGCUUUUCUGCUGUAUGAAACAGAGCCAAUACCACACUGCAAGACAGGAUCUCUCGCCUAGAGUGACUCUGCAUUUCUGCUCUAUAACGCACAGCAGACACCUCGCUGGGAGGUGGGAUCUCUCUCGACUCUCGCAGACCCUGGAGAUCGUUAUGAUCAUCCGGUCUGACAUCCUGUCUAGCACCGGCCAGGGAAUUUAAUGCAGGCCACGCAUCAGCACUGGGUCAAAUGAUUGUCAUGGAAAGGCCAAAGUGAAACACGCAAGGAUAUUUCACUCUGCUCCGAAAUAGGACUAUGGCUAUUCCACUCUUGCCUCUAAAUCUUACCUCCCCAGUGCCAGAAAUAGGAGAGAAGCACCCGUACUGACUUGGCUAACCAAGCUGGUAGCCAUCUGACAAAAGCAGUAGCCCCUCCAUUUCUCCUCUGAGAUGGCGGCUAGAGAAAGGAGCAGCUGCACAGGAGUUUUGAAGAUGUUUGGGGGGGGGGGGACAAUUUUCUCAGCCCCUAACUUGGAAAAAUAAAAGGCCCAAGAGCUGUGGUUACAUUUUGGCAGCAUUAUCUAAACUGGCCCUGACCUCUUCCUUGCAUGGGCUAAGAUGGGGUUGUCAAUAGGCAGCCCGUGUGGUCCAAACCAGGACUGCCAGAGACUUUUCAGCAGACCGCCGGGCAUGCCAGGACUCGGACUUCAGCCCUGCCUAGAAUCGUGCCAGGACUUGGGGCUUCAAAGGGAAGCUGACAUGCUUUGUUCCAGCCCUUCCUGUCCCAGUGUAGAUCUGGGAUUGCAGAGAACGGAGAGGAGCUCACCCUGCACCAGCGAAUCUUACAGGCAUGAGAGUUGCUGGCUGCCUCCCUCCUUAUUCUUCCCAUCCCUCAGUCAGCAGUUUCAGGGGUAGCACGUAGCUGGCCCUGACAGGAAAGGAAAAUUACUCUGACCAGGGAGAAGCCCCUGAACCACUGAGGUACACUCAUCAGGAUCAGCAAAGCCCGAGCACAACCAGCAAAGGCUGUCUAUGACCCAGCAUCCAUGAAGACAUUGUCUCAUAGGCUAUAAAGGGUUAAGCAAAGCAACAGCUAGGACACAAAGGCCAACAGGAAGAUCCUGGGAUUCGGUAGCAAUGGCCACUGGCGACAAAUACACGGUUAUACGCACCAAACGCAAAGAGCUGAUAGGAAUCAUUCAAAGAGACCCCGAGAGCGUCUUGGAUGAGUUACUAGCCCAGUCCAUCAUCACAGAGGAGGAGUACGACAGCAUGAACCAGCUACAAGACAAAGUGGCCAGAAUUAGGAAAUUGCUGAUUUACAUACAGAAAAGGGGGGAGUCGUCCUGCCGAGACUUUCUGGAGUGUUUAGAAAUCUUAUUCCCAGGCACAAAUCGGCUUUUGCAACCUUCAGAAUAUGAUUUUUUCAAUCCGGAGCGAGAUUCACGCACUGUGCGAGACCCAGAAUCAAGGGAGAGAGAUUUUUUCAAUCCAGAGCACCAUACAGAGCUGAAGGAAGAAGAUGGUUUCAAUCCAGAGCAGGAAUCAGAGACUCAGCGAGACCUAGAGCCAGAGGAGAAAGAUGGUUUCAAUCCAGAGCCCGAUCCACAGCUGGAGGAGGAAGACUGUUCAAAUCCAGAGAAGGAAUCAGACAUUGAGCCAGACCCGGAGACGGGUGGUUCAGAUUUGGAGCAGGAAUCAGAGACUCGGCGAGAUCAAGAGCCCGAGGAGGAAGAUGGUUCACAUCCAGAACCCGACCAAGAGCCCAAGGAGGAAGGUGGCUCAAAUCCAGAGCAAGAAUUAGAGACGGAACCAGACCCUGAGCCAGAAGGUUCAAAUUCAGAGCAGGAAUCGGAUACUCAGUGAGACCUAGACCCUGGUGGGGAAAAAAAAAAAACUCUCUCAAAAGGUACGUCCUCAUAGGUGAUUCGUUCUAUAUCCACAGAGUCCACUUAUGACUGCCAUGGGCUGCCCUUAGAGUUUCAACCGCUUAAAACCAUUAAUUCGCUCCAAGAGGCCACCGAUGGAGAAAAGCAAUUCCCUCGCUGUUGCCAGGACUGUGUUGUGAACUAGAAGGGAGAUCCCUGUGUAGCGCUGUGCAUGAUCAUCGCAGCACCGCGAUUUCUUCAUCCAUCGGGACAUGGAGUCUGGGAAUGGCCCUCAGGAAACCGCAGAUGGGCUGGUCGAGAUUUCCUGGUAUUUCCCUGCUGGGAGGGAGAAUUCAAAUGCACCCGUGUGAACUAUCCCAUCCAGCACAAAUGGUCAGGGCGCCGGCAGGAGAAGUGGGAGGGCCACAACCGUUUCUCUAGCUGUGGCUCUUGCAACUGGCAUCCAAGCCUUCGUCACUUCGCUGUUAGGGUCGGUCUCAGCAGCUGGCGCAGAAUUCGGCAGCUAAGCAGGGUGUCAUUUCACAAGCCAAAGCUGUGACCCAUAAUGGCUGCCAAUUGGCUCCCAGAUUGACUUCAAGAUCUUGGUUAAACUGCCAGGUGGCGUAAGACCUACCUAUUCAUAGCUGCUUCUCUCCCUGUGAUAUCUGCUGUCAUGUCCACCCUCUGCCUAGGUCCCUUCUCACCCAGAGCUGGGAAGCUCAGAUGCAUUCUGCAGUGGUUCUCUCGCUUGUCCAACGGUGGUGAAUCUUUCCUCUCCAGGGCCUCGUUCUUAUCUCUUCUUCUUGCUGCUUUCUUAUAUUUUACAUCACUCCCUAGAUGCAGCCCCCCUUGCACUUUCUUCACUGGAUGCCAAUAGCCCAAAUACUCAUUUUAUUAGCCCCAUCUGGCCAAUUUCCCUAUCUCCCGCUUCACCCCAUUAUUCUCAGCCUGUAAUAAAUAUAGUGAAUAACUCCCACCAGUUAGAUUAUUUGCACUCACUGCUCCUAUGGAGGAGGACAAGGACAAGCUCCAUACGAGGAGAGACUAAACAGAUUACAGCUGUUCAGCUUACAAAACAGUUGACUAAAGGGGGAUAUGAUGGAGGUCUAUAAAAUAAGGAACGGAGUUAGAAAAGGGAACAGAGAAGUGUUAUUUACCCUUUCCCACAACACAAGAACCAGGGGUCACCCAAGGAAAUUAACAGGUAGCAGGUUUAAUACAAACAAGAGCAAGUACUUUUCCCACACAAUACACACUUAACCUGUGGAACUCAUUGCCACAGGAUGUUGUGAUGGCCAAAAAUGUAACUUGAGUUAAUUUAAAAAAACAACUGGAUAAGUUCAUGAAGGACAGGUCCAUCAAUGGCUAUUAGCCAAGUUGGGCAGGGACACAAUCCCAUGCUUGGAGCCACCUUAAACUUGUGACUGCAAGAAGCCAGGAGUGGAAGACAGAGGUGGAUCACUCCAUAGUUGCCUUGUUCUGUUCUCUCCAUGAAGCUCUGUUACUGGCCACCAUCAGAGACAGGAUACUGGGCUAGAUGGACCUUUGGUCUGACCCACUAAGACAGCUCUUAUGUUUCUUAUGUAACCUCCCUCCUCUGAUAGGUGCAAACCGUCUUCUGAUCUCCUGCCUCAGUUUAUUCCUGGCCAGUUUAUCCUCAUUUGUUCUUGGGCUGACAUUGUCUUUUAGCUUCAGUAGCUCUUCUCCCUCCCUGGUGUUUAACCCCGCCCAAGUAUGGGGUUUCCAGGGCAGUAUGUUGGAGAAGACAAUUUCAACACAUUUCUCCAUUGAGAAAAGAGCUGGGGUGGAAAGCCAAAAAGGCUGAAUGAAUCUAACUGUGAAACAAUGGCACAGCCAUUAGAGGGGCAUUAUCUUAGGGCUUGUGUACAUGGGGAAAAUAAUUCAGAUUAAGGUAGGGUGUGAAUUUAAAAGCAGAAUAGAUAUUCCUUAUUAACUCCAUGUGUGGACACACUUAUUCUGGAAUAAGGUACCCUUGUUCCAGAAUAAGCGUACUCCCACCUGGAGUGAAUCUGGAAUAGUUAAUCCGGAAUAACUCCAUGUGUAGACAAGCCGUAAAUCCACACAGGGAGCGACUGAGGAAUAGCUAUUGCGGUUAAUGUUCCCAUAUAGACAAGCACUGAGAUGCUUUCCUUAUCUGGAGUUAACUGGGAGUAGGCUUCUGGGCUUGCUAAAACCAUGUAAAUGGGUCUGCUCCUGUAAUGAAAAGUGAAGCUUACCUAACUUAGCUUGUAGUGAAGCAGAAGGUGGUUUGCCAGGAGCCAAUUUUUAUUGGUAAAUGUCAAUAAACGUUGAUUUCACCGUACACACACAAACCAAUGCAAAAAUAUUUCCAUCAGUAAUCAUCGAAAUGUACAGAUAGCCAAACUAAGAACAAUGCUGCCUGAGAAUGUAUUAGCCUUUGAUUUAAGGCUAUUAAUUGUGUGCACUUUGACUCAUGCAGUGGUGUUGUAGCCAUAUGGGUCCCAGGAUAUUAGAGAGACAAGGUGGGUGAGGUAAUAGCUUUUAUUGGACCAACUUCCGUUGGGAGACGGAAAGAAGCUUGAGCUACACAGAGUUCUUCUUCAGGUCUGGGAAAGGUAUUCAGAGUGUCACAGCUAAAUAUAAGAUGGAACAGAUAAUUUAGCAUAACCAGUUAGCACAUACUCUAAGGGGCCAUUCAAGGUGAAGUGGCCCGUUAAUACCCAAUGAUAAACCUGAGAUACAUCAAUGAUAUUUUCAUCUUCUGAACAGACAACUUCAACUCCCUCACAGAUUUCCACCACAAUUUCAACCACCACCACCCGUCCAUUAAACUCUCAACUUCCUGGAUGCCAUAAUCAGUUUCAACAAUGGAACCCAACGGACAACCAUACAUAAGAAACUCACGGAUCACCACACCUGCCUUCAUAGAUCUAGUAACCACCCCAAACGCACCAAGACAUCUGUUAUCUAUAGCCAGGCACUCAGUUGCUCUGAGGAAAAAGUCCGAUAUAUACACCUUAACACACUCAAAACUGCCUUCACCAAACAAGGACGCUCUGCCGAAGAAGUAUAUUGCAUCAUGGAAUGGGGUCACCCAAAUACCCUAUAUGGGUUCCAGCGUGGGUGGUAGGUGACAACUAGAGGCGUGCGGUUGGAGAGGGUUUUAUUUCUGUAUUGAAGCAGGUUCUCUCAGGGUAUCAUCAAACAACUUCAACCCAUUCUCAAUGGGGACCCCAUCCUGAAAGAAA